AUGUCGAUGAAGACUAAUUAUGACGAUGGAACAGGAAACAGUGAAAAGGAUUGGGAAAUUUUCGAUGUUUUAUGCCAAAAUAUGGAUAAGGUUGAAACACCAUGUACAGUCGAUCACCUCACAGGUGAUCAUUUAUCACAUUCAAUUGACUUAGUAACAACGUUACGGAGUGAGCUUGCUGCUUUGACCUAUAAACGUGAUAGGUUGAUGAAUGAUCUUUCGGAAACUAAAGGUGCAUUAUGUGUGAAAGACAAUGAAUGUGAAACAUUAAGAGCACAAAGUGCAAGACAGUCAGCGCUUAUAAUAUCGUUGCAGCAACGAUUGCAAGCAACAGAAACGCGCGAGAAAAAUCUCCAGGCGCGCAGCGAGCACACAUCUCAUACACUUCAACGAGAUAAGCGUGGAUUGGAGGAUAAGAUCAAGGAUAUGUGUUCAAAACAGCGAAGAUUAGAAAUUGAUUUGUCAUCGGAAGAGACAUUACGAGAACAGGCAAAACAGCACCUUAUUGAAUUAGUACGAAAGUUGGCAUGUUGUUUUGGUAUGGAUGUGAGUGACAAUCUUACAUCCGAUUGUGUUCUAUCAAAAGCAAAUGAUAUAGUCAAUGAACUUCAACGUCUACGUUCAAAGUUGACAGCAACAUGCGAAAGCCUUUCAUCAUGUGAGGCGGAGCUUCAUAAUAUGAGAAAUGCAAGCAAUACAGAACGAUGCAAUUUUUUGGCACAAAUUGAAUCGCUUAAAACAAUAACAACAGGCCUUGAAGCCCGAUGUAAGAGUACCGAACGUGACCUACAAUUGACACGUGAUCGAUUGACAGAAACUGACAUGGGUGCAGAUAAGCUUAGAGAGGAGCUUCGUGGAUUUGAAUCACGAGCUUGCCGCUUGCAGUCAAGUUUAGAUCGCGUACAGAACGACCGUUUAGUAUUUCUUAAAAAUAUUGGCUCGAUUAUAAACGUAAGUGAACCGUGCGAGUCUCUCAUCAAAGAUAAAGUCCGCGAAAUAAUGAAUGAGAAUCAAACGAUGCAUAAUCAAAAUCACAAUUUACGAGAGCAGUUGAAUGUUGAGACAACACGCUUACGUGAAAUUCAAGAGACAUCACAAUGUCGAAUAAGAGCUGAAGAGUGCCAACGAUCUACUGCCGAAGAAAAAUUAGAGAAAACGUGUAACGAAUUGUCUCUUAUGAGAGAUGAACAUCUUGCAUUAUCAGAUUAUCUUGUAAGAUUAGCAAGAGCUUUAUGUUGGAGUGAUUGUAUUGAUCCCCCUUCUCAUGGAAAUGAAACGCAUGUCCUAGCAGAGUCUUUACUAGAGAGAGCCGAGCAUUUAACAAUUCAUAAAGAACAUCCAGAUUUUUGUGAUAAAAACUGCUAUGAUUUGCCAACACCACAUCACCAUCAUCAUCACAUGCCAAAGAUUAGAAGAGAAAGAAGUUGUCACGAUAUACCAUUAAAGGAUGUGAGUAGCUAUGAGAGUUCCACAAUGUACUCUCUGCAACGUAAAGUCCGCGUUCUUCGUGAGCAAGUUCAACGACGUGACUUGCACUUAGAAUUAUUACGUCGUAAAAUUGCGCUUCUCGAAGAAAAUGCACGCGGUAAGGCCAUUCUACAGACAGAACGUGAUGAGGCAAUUUGUCGAGCGAGAAGAAAUAACAAGCAAACUGAAAGAACAACGCAUCAAUUGUUAGAAGUCAAGACACAACUGGCUGAUGUAAAGGCACAACUUGCUGAUGCAACUGAUUAUAAAAUUUCAGCCUUAGAAAGAGCUCGAAAAAUUGACGAGUUGCAAGGAAAAAUUCUUUGUUUAGAAAACGAAAAGAGUAGAUUGAUUACACAAUUGUCAGCAUAUAAGACAAGAGCUAGAUCUGCUGUUGAUUCAUCGAAUGAUAGGAGGUUGCGAAAUGAAGCGAUUAUAACUAAUUUACGUGAAGAACUUGGUCGAGUAAAAAGUGCUCUUGCCGAUGCAAAUCAUAGAUUAAAUCAGUUGCAAACUUUCCGCUCGUCAGUCGCAAGAAUGCUUCAUACUCGAGAACAUCCGGAAUGUGAAAUUCUACAAAAGCUUCAGACAGUUUGUACUGCACAUCAUGAGUUCACGAUGUUAUCAAAAAGAUACGAAACACCACCCGGGCCAGAUAAUGCUUGUUCAACAUUUGAAGAUGCAAUACCAACAUCGUCAUCAGCUCCACCAUGUCGACCAAUGAGCUCUGGGAGUCCGACGCAUCGACGUUACAUUGACUCUGGUUUUGAUCAUUUUGAGGACGAUUUUGAGUAUAGUAAAAAGUUUUAAAUCUAAAUUAUGUUAAAGAUAAAAGUUAUUGAACACUUGAAUAAAUCUAUUUAGUCGCAUGAGAAACGCAUAACGGAUUCUUUAUAUUUAAAC